CACACAGUGGCUGCGGCUCGCCUUUUGGCUCCCUUCACUGCACUCUGAAUCCUCCACAUCCCUCCCCGUGCCCUGAGCGUCUGACCAGAGAGAUGCCUUCUCCUUGAGGCGCUGCCGGCACCCCCCACCAAAACCCACCAGGUGCAGAGGAGCGGGGAUGCCGAGUCCCAGCCUCCCAGAGGACUCCUGAUCCCGACAUUGCCAUAGCAACCGCUCCCACUGCUCCCUCGAUAAGUAGCAGUGCUCGCAGAACCCAGCUCGGGACGUUGGAAGUCCAGACAACCCAACGCUGAAUCGCAAUCUAUCUGCCACCGCUCCUUUCAAGGGGGAGAAAAAACCCAUUUCAAUGAUGUCAACAGAAUGUGUUCAGCCACUUGAUAUCCCAGAAGACAGACUGGACAAGCGAGAUUCACACUGCAACCAUUUAGAAGAUCUUUCAGAACAGCUGAUUAAGAGCUGUGAUCUCAAGAAGAAACCAAGAAAAGGUAAAACUAUCCAGCCUUCCCAAAACACUGAACAGGAGCAAAAAAAGCCAAGGAGAAAAGACACACCAGCUAUACACACCCCACCACCCCUAACAGGCAUACUUUCAGACUUUUCUGAUAAUCUGCUGAAAAGGUAUGGUAUCUCAGAGAAGCCACAGAGAGAGAGAGUGAGUCAGGGCUCUCAGAUCACCGAACUGGAGCAGAAAAAGCCCAGGAGAAAAGAUACACCUGCAAUACACAUCCCACCUUUGAUAAUAGGCACAAAGCUGCUUACAGAAGAAAAGCAAACAGCGAUUAUGGAAGAUGAAGAAAAGGAUGGAGACACAGUCCCCAGUUAAGAUUACAGUGAUAUUUUCAGUAUUGCAGUGUAAAUAAUUCUGGGUCAUUCAAAGUGGCAGCACAUAGAAAAAGAAGUCCUUUCAUUUUUAUAAAUAAUUUUUUCAAGCAUGCACUUGAAUUUAAUUUAUCUUCAAGUGCUUCUCUGCAUCUCAUGAAAUCCCAGCAAGCAUUACAGGAGAUGACAGAAAAUUCACCUACAUGUGGGGCUGGAAGGAUUCUCUUGGUUAACCAAAGCAGCUUCCCAGGAUUUCUGUCUUCAAGGGAUCCACCUGAGACUGUAUCUAGUACCUUGUAGUGCGGUAGUAAGAGUUGACCCAAAGGGCCCACCAACCCAGGGAAGCUGGCACUAGAUAACAGGGUGUCAGUAAACGCAUGAUACCACUAGAUAUCACAGGAUAGUCAAAUAUCAACUAAUGAUUCAAAUUGCAUUUUUCUUCUGACAUCUCACCUCGUUCAUCUAGCUUGCCUUCAUUGGAAUAAUGCUGAGCACAGUAAAUAUUUCCACACGCAGGACUGAUGUGAUCCAUGUUCCUGAAGUGCAAAGCAAACACGUCUUGGGCCUGUAUCUGUUCGUGACUGGUGUUUGAGAGAGAAAAGGGCAGAUUUAUUGUCGUAGAAAAGCUUACAGCUAUGGGCUGUUGGCACUGGCACAUCAAACAGAACUGACGACAGAGCUCUCAGAAGAGAAACUUUUGGGAAGAGCAACAUUUGCCUAUUACAGUGGUGUAGAAUGGUGACUUCUUUUUUUUUCUCAAAGGUUUCAUUCCUGGAUUGCUGAAAGCCAAAUUAGUUGAAAAGCUGAUCCUUUUACUCAUCUUUUUAUAUAUAUAUAUCCAUAUGAGGUUUUUCAGCUCAGUCCUAGGAGGGGCUGGUAAGGAUUAAAAAUCACAACAAGAUACUGCAGACUAAGCAAAAGAAUAGCAUUACUCUACGUCAUAUGCAUAAUGUAAGAUGAAACAGCAUCAUACUUCUUAAAAAUAAUUUAAUUAAAUGAUUAAACCAAUAAAUGUGUUCACGGCCAGCUACACACUUCAACAUUUGUACAGAGAUGGUACUUGUAGAAUAUUAUACAAAAUAUGUAGGGCUGGAUAGCUUUGUGCUUAUCUUCAUAGCUCUGUGUGCUAGAUGGAGCAGCAACACCAGUGGACCCUUAGGGACCUCAGCACACAAAUUAGAGAUUACCUAGGCUGGCAGACUGCAUCCAGUUAUCUGUUUAACACCCAUAGGCAGGCAGCUGAGGAGCACACUAGUCUGGACUUCAUUUGCCACAGUGACUGACCCAGCAUCUUUCAUCCCAUUCACAGAUGUUCAGCUUCAAGAUGUAACCAACAAGCUUAUAAUAAAAUAUGGUAUAUUAAAGCAUACUAGAGAUCAGCUGUAUUAUUAAUGGGAUGUCUGAUUCCUAGAAGGCAUAAUUUUUAAUCAUAUUAAUCUAUCAGCAAGCUAAGACAAUAUUUAAAAUAUGAUCAAUCAAUGCUUUAUUUGAUAAUGUUCGCAUAAGGUACACAGUAAAGUAUGUCACUGCAAGAACGUGGUAAGAAUAGAAGUACAAUCAGCAUGUCACAUCUGUGAGCCAAUGCACUGCUGGUCUUUAAUUUUUGGAACUGUAAGUUAAACUCGAUACAACUUCUGUGAGGCACUGAUGUGGCCCAAGCUUUAUGCCAUGCUCCCUGCCAGCACAGUUUCAUUUGGAUCCCACCCAAGCAGCUCAAGCAAAGUUUUAUUAUGAAAUUCAGGAAUACUUAGAAGAUGAAAAAUGUGAACAAAGGUGCUUUGAGGCCAGCUCAGGAGCAUGCUGGGAUUUAGGGGUUAGGAAUUGAGAUGAUGAAUAAAGGACACGGCCUCCUCCCGGCACAAAAUGCAGGAAUAGUAACAGACCUUGUGUUGCCCCUGCGAAAGAAGGUCCAUGGCAUGAGAGACUCCCUGUACCAUUCCUGAGCUCCAAGGCACUGCGACAACAAAUUGCCUUUAUGUAAAUGGUACGGUUUCUAAAGUAGAAUGAAAAAUUCUUUGGUAAAAAAUAAAUGCCAGGCUUGAGUGAGACAAAGCAGAUAUUCAUGUAUUUGCACAUAACAGUUCACACCAGCUAAGAACCUGAAUGAGCUGGAGAAAAAAAAAAGGAAAAAAAAAACACCCAGCCUCUUUGCAGUUGUCGACAAAAACCCUGAGAAUUUUUUCACUCCAGGGAAGUUUAAUACAAUUUCAGAGAGCCAUAAAAGUACCAAGCCUUGUUUUACCCAUCCUUAGAGUUCAAGUCCAUUGUUGUUCAAAAACAAACAAACGAACAAACACGAUUUUUCAAUCUACUCUCUCCCAGCAAAACUUAUUCGUGUUUGGAUUACACUGAUGUCAACUGAGCUGUAAUUAUCAACAGUGUAAUUGUAGCUGAGCUACUGAAUCCCAACUGAGCUUCUGCACCACUAAAGCAGCUUUUGUCUCCACGUAGAGGCUCCUGCAAAAUGUGAAAGGAAAUACAUGCAGUACUGACCAAACUCCUGUUUGAAGAGAAAAAUACAUACAUGAGAUGUAAGCACAGACAGUGGCCAUCCCGUAAGCACUCUCCCAAAACAGCAUCAACACAAGCAGUGAUCGUGGUAGGCCUUUUCAAGACUUUUAACAACAUGCUGCUGCUGCAGACCAAAGUCGUCCUCUGAAAUAAAGAACCUGUGCAUGGCCAUGGUGCUCUUGCAAGUCUCGGGAGAUGCUCGUGUUGUUUCUUCCAGCCAGCAGCUCCUCAUAGCUUUGCCAAGCUCAUUGCUCGACCCUUGAGGCAGCGGGGUUUGCUGCUCUCUUUUUAAACACAGAAUGGAAAGAGCAGCGCAGUAGCCUGGGAAUGUUACAAACUGGAGGUAUCUUGAGGACUAUGAAGGCUCUGAUGUGUCCCCAAGGCAUUUUAUCACCUUAUUAACACGAGCGUCUUGGCUCAGCUUGUCUUCAAAUGAAAUUUGCAGCGUGAUUUGAGUCCAGUUUUACCAGUGUUGCCAGUAACUGCUCACAAAAUAUAGCAAGAGUGAGGGUGUGGAGUCCUGAAAAGAUUCAAAUGAACAUCAUCAGUGCCACAAAAAAUGCAUUUAGAUGUGAAAGCCCUUAAGAAUACAAGGCAGGGGCACAAAUAGGAUGUGACCUCAUUGCUCUGAAGAGGAUUUGUUUCAAAAGCUGGGGAAAGUUGACACAGCUUAAUAUGAAAAAAAGAAUAACACACUUUAAGCCUACCAAAGCACUGUGUGUUCUUUGCUAAAGAGGAGCUAUGGUCCCACUGACAUCUGUGAUGGCACAGCUGUCUGAUUUACCAUCCCUGUAUAGAUCAACUUGAAGCUCAGACAUAAAAACGCUGCAGUGUACAUCAUUCACUGAAGCUCGUUUAAAAUUGCGUGUUUAUAGUCUGGUAAUUUGGCAUUUACUAUUUCUUACCCAAGAGCUACGUGAGCAACUAAAACGUAAUUUUUCAUUUGGCCAAUUCACUGAAUAGGAGGCUUUGUAGUGUUUCUGGGAAGCAGUGCGAUGGAUCAGUUCUCAAAGUUUUCAUCUGCCUCAUCGUAUUCAAUGACAGUGUUAACCUAUGGGUGUCAAACCUGUUUGUCUAGCCUGGGCCACACAGUGUAGAGGAAUUGUCUUGGGCUGCAUAUAAAAUACAAAUAUUUUAUCCGUAAAUAUUAAAAUUGUUUAUUUUGUUU